GAUCAAGGCAGCAACUUAAAGCUGGGGCAGCAACAUGGAAAACAAUGCGAGUCCUCGUGCUGCUUUCUUUCUCAUCCUGUUCGGUCUGGUCACGCUGCUGAUAAUCUACAGUUCCAACAGCAGGAGUGAGGACUUCCACUACACCUCCUCGGUAGGAAAGAUCCAUCUGCCUCCUAGCUUGAAGGAAUGGGAGGUGAAGAACGAAUACCUCCCCGUUUCUGGAAACAAGACCUUAGACCAUCACUGCAACCAGUGUGCGAUCAUCACCAGUUCCAGCCACCUCCUUGGGAGCAAACUAGGUCCAGAAAUCGACCAGAUGGAGUGCACAAUCCGCAUGAAUGACGCUCCCACCACGGGGUACGAAGCAGACGUUGGUAACAAAACCACUUUCCGGGUGGUAGCCCACUCGAGCCUCUACAGGGUCCUGAAGCGGCCACAGGAGUUUGUGAACAGGACCCCGGGCACCAUCUUGAUCUUCUGGGGGCCUCCCCGCAGGAUGCAGCAGGUCUUCAACAAGGUCAUCCAACGGGCCAGCAUGUCGUUCCCCAACAUGUCGGCUUUUGUGGCUUCUGGCAGGCGCAUGGAACAAUUUGACAGGCUGUUCAGGAAAGAGACUGGAAAGGACAGACUGACGUCGCGGUCCUGGCUGAGCACGGGCUGGUUCACCAUGGUGAUCGCCAUUGAGCUGUGUGACAGAGUUCAUGUUUAUGGGAUGGUCCCCCCUAAUUACUGCACUAGUAAGAAUCCUCUGCCUCGUAAGAUGCCGUAUCACUACUAUGAUCCGAAGGGCCCAGACGAAUGCUUCACCUACAUCCACAACGAGCAGAGCCGCCAGGGCAACCACCACCGGUUCAUCACCGAGAAACGGGUCUUUGCCAACUGGGCAACCCUCUACAACAUCACCUUCUCCCACCCGGACUGGGAUUAGCCCUGCACACAAGUGCCAACGGCACCCAAGGUGCCAAAC